ACCAGCGGACGGCCCGCCGAAUCGGUUACAUGAUCAUCGUCAUCUGGACCCUGUCGGUGCUCGUUUCGGUGGCUCCCCUCUUUGGCUGGAAGGAUCCGGAGUGGGAAAAUCGCGUCUACCAGGAUCUGCAGUGCAUCGUCUCGCAGGACGUGAGCUAUCAGAUCUUCGCCACGGCUUCCAGCUUCUACGUUCCACUGCUCGUAAUACUUUUCCUGUAUUGGCGAAUAUUCUUGGCCGCCCGGAAAAGAAUCCGUCGAAGGCAGCAGGCUGCUCAGACCCAUCCUGAACCCUUGGCAAAAGCUUCAUGUAUGGCACUAACAUCGUAUGGUUUCCGCUGGAAGGUAUCGGCUGCGCAGGCGCAAGCGAACAACACCAUCGGGGGACCGACGGCGGAUGUGGUCGGUGGAUCCGGCGGAAUUGCAGCGGCCGUGGUGGCCGUGAUAGGACGGCCUCUGCCGACGAUCAGCGAAACGACGACGGCCUUCACGAAUGUGUCGUCGGCGAAUACUAGCCCGGAGAAGGGCAGCCUAGGGAACGGGGUCGAACGGGAUCGGAUCGAGCCGGACCCGGUGACGGCGGAUAUCUCGAUGGCGUAUCCGUCUGGCGGCGGCGGCGGUCCAUCCGGGUCCUCCUCGAAGCCAUCGAUCAUGAAGAAGAAGUCACAAUCGGCGACGGACUCCAAGCGGGAAAGGAAGGCGGCCAAAACGUUGGCCAUCAUAACGGGGGCCUUCGUGUGCUGCUGGCUGCCCUUCUUCAUCAUCGCCAUCCUGCUUCCGACCUGUACCGGGUGCGAUAUUAGCCCGAUCGUGACCAGCGUGUGUCUCUGGUUGGGCUACUUCAACUCGACGCUGAACCCGAUCAUCUACACGAUCUUCAGCCCGGAGUUUCGACACGCAUUCAAGCGGAUCCUGUGCGGCCGGCGGCACAGUUUGCGCCGAACCAGGAACAUGGGCAUCCGCCACAUGAGGUAAGGAAGCAUGAGCGGGGACGGGACUUCACGGGGAGAUACCAAAUUGUGAUGUUAAGCUAGUUAAAUUCCAAGAAAUAAUUAUUACCUGUAAAAUGGCAACACAAAACCCGUAGAUUUAUAGGUUGAAAUAAUAGGUCGAAUUCUACUCCUAGGUACUUUAAGGUGGAUGGAACGGAAUCAGUGUACGAUUUAAAAGCUGAAAAUCCAAUCAAAACAAAGAAAAUGAGAAAUAACUGGAAGGGUUUCAAGGUUUAUGAGCAGAAAUGAUGUAUUGUUAGUUUUUACUAAAAUUAAAAUGUUUUAACAAGUUUUUGAAUCAAUUUCAGGAUUCCUUAAUUUCAAUUAUCAAUUGUUUAACCUUAUUUGAUUAAAAAAAAAUGAUUUGACACCCUCAAUUGUUGCUAUUGAAACACAAGACUGUUGAAUUUUGUGACGUUAUUUGUUAUGAUUACCAUUUUUGAGGUUUUUUUUACAAGAUGGAAAUUUGACUUCGAACCAUAACAGGCGGGUACUGCUGCCGUGAGUGAAUUUGUCCCCUUUAAACCUUCGGUGGCUUCGUAUGCCAGUUGUGCCCGUUGGGCUAUACCCAAUGAUACUACAUCAAGAGCCACAGUGCUCGCAAGGAGACGUCUCUUACUACUUUUUGGACCAUGGCAGUUCGGCAUAAUCCAAGAUGAUUUUCGACGCACUAGCACAACAAUAUUUGACAUGUUCACCGAAACUUAAGUGGUUGUCGACCAUUACUCCGAGGUAUUUCAGCUGCUGUUUCGAAGAUGUGGUGUAUCCUGCAACAGUUAUCUCCAUGUGUGGCUUAUGCUUGUACUGAAGUUUAACUCUCUCCAUCCAGAUCUCAACCCUUUCUACGGACACCGUUGCAAGGUCUUCUACCACCUCGAUUGUUUCGCUAGUGAUCAUGAGCACGAUAUCGUCAGUAAAUCCGACUAUCUGCAUGCCUGCUGGUGGUUUCAGCGUUAACACCUCAUUAUACUUGCAUUCCAGAGCACAAGUCCGAGUAUGAAACCCUGUGGAACACCCGCUAUAAAACAGUAGAUAGUAACUCGGUUUCGGUUUCGUAGGUCAAGACGCGAUUAAAAAAAAACUUCCUAAAAUUAUCCUGCAGAGGGUAUUGGCAACACGCAUCCUGUGAAACGCUUUGGCAAUAGCUUCUCAGCUAGCGUUGUUGAAGGCAUUUUUCACGUCGAUCGUCUUAAUGACGCAAUGACGAACACCUGUCCGCUUCUUUUGAUAAGCGCGCUUCGAGUACUCUGUCAUCGUUCUGACUUUCACCCUCUGUGCAGCUAGUUAGUCUGUUGAAGAUUGUCCUUUGUAGUAGUUUACCAAGGGUAUCCAGCAGACACAUAGGUCUGUAUGGUGACGGAUGCUCUGGAGGUUUCCCGGUUUCGGUAGUAACUAACACCAGCCUCUCAGUUUUCCACAGUUUGGGGAAUGAUUCCUCGUCGAGACACUUUUGUAACACCACUCUGGAAGUAUCUGGAAUGGUCUGUGCCGCCACCUUCACCACUGAAUUCGGGAUUCCAUCCGGGCCAGGGGCCUUGUUCACAGCAAGUUUCUUAGCGAUGGUUACAAGUUCCUCGUUCGCUACUGGCUCGAUGUUGUGGGCCGCAUCGUACGGGGAUAGUGUCCACUGCGUCGGGUCAUGUUGCUGGAAAAGAUGCGCAACGAUCUCCUUAAUUUUUUCCGGAUUCUUUUCGCUCGACGACCUCAAUUCACCGAAUCUCGCUACUCUAUAGGCCCAUGUGUUGUCGUCUACGCUCUGACACAGUACUCUAUAGCAGUUCUCCUUGCACGUCCUGAUAGCUCGAUUGAGUGUUACCCUGUAUGUGACAUCAAUUACUGACGAUCUGUUUGGUAUUCCAUUCUUGCGAUAGGUGCUGGUAGCUCCAGUGUUUCACAGCUCAACCUUCAGGAAUGCCUCUUGUAAGCUCUGGCCUCUAGGGUUAUUGAACAUGCUACCCCAGUUAACCGUCCAUGCGGUAAAGUCUCCUCUUUUCACUACAGGGGCCUUCCCUGUCAAUUCGUGAGCGAGUUCAUCCAACAUUGUGUUGAACUCCCCGAUCGUCCAUCUUGGCAGAGCGUAACAACUGCAUAAGAAGAUGCCGUCAAUUUUUGCGAUCGCGAAUCCGUCACGAGAACUCGGCUCUAUCUCAUGAAUGGAAGAACACUCCGUGCCGUAGACAGCUACAAAGUCAGACUUAUCUGCUGUCCAGUUACCAUUUCCAAAUGGAAUUCUAUGUGGUUCCGACAAUAGCACUACAUCGCAUUUCUUCUCGCCUACAGUGUGCUCUAGCAGAAGCUGUACCACUUCGCUAUGAUUCAGAUUUAUCUGGAUUACAACAAAUUUUACUGCCUUGCCUUUACCUUUUUGUAUGCCAGGCAGUCCAAGCAACCAGUUUCGUGGGCGUUGUCAUCCUCCUGCGUACACAGCAUGUAUUUCAAUAGAUUUUUGCAAUCCCUAGCAAAGUGUCCACGUUCACCACAUGUUCGGCAAUAUCGUGACCGGUCGGGUCCGUUGCAGCUUCAGGAUUGGUGACCAAAGUCCCAGCAAUUAAAGCAGCGUUGCAUUUGUUUCGGUAUCCUGGGCGCGGUUCUGAAGUGCUCGACUGACCAACCAACUCUUAAGGCCCCCGCACAAUAGCACGUCGGACGUCGCGUCGCGUCAGCUGUCAACACCGACGUUGAGUACUAAAACGCUGACGCGACGCACCCGACGAUUUUAGGAUCACUAUACAGCGUCAAGAAUCAUAGCAACCAAUACGUUUGUUUUGAUUUGUUGCUUUCGAUCAGCAGUAUAAAGUUUUUUUUUCAGAAAAGGACAGAAUUCGUGUGAUAGUCUCCCAGCGGAUAAGAAGCCAUCUUAUCAACUUUACACCAAGGUUGCCGAAAUCACAGAAAAAUCUGGAAUUUCACAGAAUUUUGAGCAAAUUUUCAUCACAGAAUCUGUGACACAGAACACAGAAUUUUGAAAUUUUCACAGAUUUCACAGAAUUUUAUAAUUUUGAAUGGAUUUCCAAAAUCAUAAUUUUUUGGCCAAUAUAAAAUUCACAUUUCUUACUUCGAAUUAGAAAAGUAUGAUAGAGUACACGCAGAAAAAAGAUUUUUUAUUUCAAAGGAAAGUGCCGCAAAAACAAAGGAUUUUUUCCUUUGAUUUUGGGAUAAAUAAAAAUUCCUUUGGUUCAAGGACAUUUUCCUUUGUUUCAAAGAAUUUUUCUUUUGAAAAAUCUUUGAAUCAAAAUCUUAAUACUUUGAAACAAAAAACAG